AUGAAAGGUUUUUGUGGGGUUCGCCUGCGAGUUGUCUCUCAGGAAGAACAUAAAAAAACAGAAGAGUGGAAAUUAAUAAAUAAAUCCUUUACUGUCUUUGUUAAGACGUACACCGGCUUAGACUCGGAGCUGUGGGGUUUGCGUUCAUCUUGCGGUGCCUAUACACUGGAGGAAAGGGUGUACAGACACCCCAAUUUUACUCAAUUUGUUUUUCCUUCCAGAGGACAGCAAAUUCUGCAAAGGCGAAAAAAUAAACAAAUGCAAGACGUCUACUCAACUGCCCCCCCUCGCGGUUGGAAGACAGACGAAUGUUUCGUCUGCACUGAGGAGACAGCACGCAUUGUUAUCUAUCAGGUGGCGCGCGCUGUCUCGGCUUUGCAUGCUCUAAAUAUUUUUCAUUUGGAUUUGAAAGCAGAAAAUAUCGCCGUAAUGCAGCAGCAGCAGCAGCAGCAGCAACAGCAGCAGCAGCAGCAGUAA